GCUUGGGCUAGUUUCCCUCCUUGAUCAGGAAACUAGAUCUCACGUGCUGCAACUAAGGGUUUGCAUGCUGCAGUUAAAGAUCCUGAGUGCUUCAGCUAAGACCCAGUGCAGCCAAAUAAAUAAAUACAAGAAAAAAAGUGGGCCAAGGAUCUCAAUAGCCAUUUUCUCCAAAGACACCCAAGUGUUCAACAAGCACAUGAAAAGAUGCUCUAACACAUUCUCUACCCUAUAUGUGUGCAUGCUAAGUUGCUUCAGUCCACGUCUGAUUCUUUGCAACCCUAUGGACUGUAGUGGUCUCCUGUCCAUGGGAUUCUCCAGGCAAGAAUACUAAAGUGGGUUGCUGUGCUCUCCUCCAGGGAAUCUUCCCAGCCCAGGUAUCAAACCUGUGUGUCUUACACCUCUUGCAUUGGCAGGUGUGUUCUUUACCACUAGCACCACCUGGGAAGCCCAACAUUAGCAUAUACCUGCUACAUAACCGGCCAUGGUGAGGACCACAAACCAGGCACCAGAUGGACGGCACGAACCCUCCACUUACAGUAAACAGUGCUGAUGGCCUACUCCAUUUUGACCCAUGGUUUCGGGCACACAGAAAAAGACUUGGAGACAAGCUCUGCAACUAAUCAGGAGAUGCUUCCAAAAAAGAGUAUUUCUGAAGAGGUGGCUUCCCCAGUGGCAAAGAUGGAGGGAAUUUUAAGGGCAGUGCUUGGAGAUGCCAAGCUGGGGGAGUCCUGGACGUGUGGCUGUCAGCUGGAAGACCAGAGCAAGCAGGAGAGGUGUUUGAGGUGGUUGUUUGCUACUCCCAAGGAAGAUACCCAUGAGAAGAAGGGCCUUGACUGCAACGAGCUUAGGAGAAGCUUCAAGAGGACCUCAGCCUUCAUAAGGAAGCAAAGAGUGCUUGGGGGAGAGAGGCCUCAGAAGUGGACCGGGUCAAGAAAGAUCCUCAAAUGCCAAAGGACCUUUGUCGAGAAGAAACCAUUCAACUGCACAGAAUGUGGGAAAGCCUUCAUCUACCAUUCUGACUACAUUAUACACCAGAGAAUUCACACUGGAGAGAAGCCCUACAAGUGUAAUGAUUGCGGGAAGGCAUUCAGCAACAGCUCAUAUUUCAUCCAGCACCACAUCAUCCACACGGGAGAGAAGCCCUACGCCUGCAACGAGUGUGGCAAGACCUUUACCCAGAGCUCAUCACUCACUGAGCACCAGAGGAUCCACACUGGAGAAAAACCCUACAAAUGCAAGGAGUGUGGGAAAGCCUUCACCCAGAGUUCCUCCCUCAUCAAGCACCAGCGAUGCCACACGGGGGAGAAACCCUAUAAAUGCCACCAGUGUGGAAAGUUCUACUCCCAGGUGUCCCACCUCACCCGCCACCAGAAAAUCCACACAGGAGAGAAGCCCUACAAAUGCGACGAAUGUGGCAAGGCUUUCUGUCACACCUCCUCCCUGACUCAGCACCAGACAAUCCACACCGGAGAGAAACCCUACAAGUGUAAUGAGUGUGGGAAGACUUUCAGCCACAGCUCGUCGCUGACACAGCACCAGCGAGUUCACACUGGAGAGAAACCUUAUGAGUGCCCCGAGUGUGGCAAAGCCUUCAGCCACAGUUCGUCGCUGAUUCAGCAUCAGAGAAUUCAUACUGGCGAGAAGCCCUAUGAGUGUCACGAUUGCGGGAAGGCUUACACACAGAUCUCCCACCUCAUGAGGCACCAGAGUAUUCACAUAGGGGAGAAACCCUAUGUCUGUAAUGACUGUAGAAAGGCUUUCGGUCACACCUCUUCCUUUAUUCAACACCAGACAAUUCACACUGGUGAAAAGCCCUACAAGUGUAACAAAUGCGGGAAAACCUUCAGCCAGAACUCCUCGCUUACACGCCACCAGCGAAUUCACACCGGGGAGAAGCCCUAUGAGUGUAAAGUUUGCAGUAAGGCAUACACCCAGAUCUCCCAUCUCAUUCAGCACCAGAGGACUCACACGGGAGAGAAACCUUAUGAGUGCUGUGAGUGUGGGAAAGCCUUUAGCCAGAGCACCCAUCUUAUUGAGCAUCAGAAGAUCCACACGGGCAAGAAAUCCUAUAAGUGUAAGGACUGUGGGAAAACAUUCAGUCACAGCUCAUCCCUCACUCAACACCAGAGGAUUCACACGGGUGAGAAGCCCUAUGCCUGUAAGGAAUGCGGGAAAGCCUUCAACCAGAGCAUCCACCUUAUUCAACACCAAAGGAUUCACACUGGGGAGAAGCCCUACAAGUGUAAGAACUGUGGGAAAACGUAUACCCAGAUCUCACACCUCAUUCAACACCAGAAAGUUCACAGGGGUGGCAAGCACUCUGCAUGUAACAAAUGUGGAGAGGACUUCAACUGGGGACCACAUCUGGCAGAACACCAGAGACUUCCUACCAUGCAUGGUGGCUAUGUCUGCCAUGAUUUUGAGAAAGCCAUUUCUUGGAGCACGCAGCUUGCUGAUCAGAGAACUCAUGCUGACUAGAGGGCCUGCGAGUGAAACAGACUGGUGAUUCUGCUGUUGGAUUCCAUUCAGCCUUCAUCAGCAGUUGUAACUUCCUGCCAGAGAGGAGCCCUAACACUAUGUAUCAAAAGAGUUGGUUCCUUUAUUUUCCUGGAAGGAUGGCACCAUUUAUCACCAGCUGGGACAGCUUCUGAUCAUUUAAAGGGCUUCACCCUAAAACCGUGGCUUCCCCCCUAUUUCUCAACCUUACAGUGUCUCCAGGUGGUGUGGUAGGUAUGGGGUGGUCUAAAUGAGAUGCAUCUUCAGCUGGGAUCUUUAAUAAGGUCUCUCAAUUUUCUGCUGUUUCUCCCUUUCUGUUCUUAUGAAGUAUAUGAAAACUGAAAAUGUUAGUCAUUCAUGUCCAAGUCAUGAGUCAUGUCAAGAGUCAAGUGUCAUGUCCAACUCUUUGCAACCUCUUGGACUAUAGGCCACCAGGCUCCUCUGAUGGAAUUUUCCAGGCAAUACUGGAGUGGGUUCCUGGGUUGGGAAGAUCCCUUGGAGGAGCGCAUAGCAACCCACUCCAGUAUUCUUGCUGGGAAAAUACCACGGACAGAGGAGCCUGGUGGGCUUCAGUCCAUGGAGUGGCAAAGAGACCCAACUGAAGUGACUGAGCAUGGUAUGGCACACAUAAAAUAUUUACUGGUAUAAUCACAGAUAUGUGAUUUUAGAAACAAUUUUUUAACUUGAUAUAAUGGGAAUAUUUUCCCAUGACAAUGCAAAAAAUAUAUAGUACAUGUUGUACAAAAAUAUUAUAUAUACAUGUGUAUAUAUCUAUGUCAUCAUUUGCCAUUUUUAACAGCUGCAUAAUAUUUCAUGCUAGAAUUUCUUGAAUUUAUUUAACCAACCUCUGUUAUUGGAUAUUUGUUUUAUUUACUUUUUCAUCAUUGGACAUACAUUAUUUAACACUUUGCAAAUUAUCCCCAUAAGAUGAAUUCCUAGAAGUAAGCUUAUGGGAUCACAGAAUGUCCAUAUUUAAAAUUGUGAUAGUUAUUGCUAAAUAAUCCUCAGAAAAGGAUAAACCAAUUUACAUGACUCCUGAAAGUGUAUAUGAGUGCCUAUUUCUUUGUUCCUCCAUGUCAUUCAUAAAUACUCAGUAUUAGUCUUAUUUUUAACAUUUCUAAUCUAAUUAAAAAUAUCCUAUUGAUAGGGAGAUUAAUGAUCUUUUUAUACACUUAUUGAUGUUUUGUCUUCUUCAAAUUGCUUACUUGUAUAUUUUGCCCAUUUUUAAUUGGGCUGCAUUUUUGUAUUGAUUUACAGGAACAAGUCUAUGUAUUAUACAUAUUAAUUCUUUGGUAUUUUGUUAGUUUGUUAUUUCUCUUAGUUUUGCUUAUGGUAUAUUUGGCUAUAUAGAAUUUUAAACUUUCUAUGUAUUCAAUUCUAUUUUCUUUCAUACUUCUUGGAUCAACUGUCAUGCUAAGAAAGACCUUCCUCAUGCCCAACAUUAUGAAAAAAGUUCUCCUAUAUUUUAUUCUAGUACUUUUAUGAUUUUUAACAAUUAAAUUUUUAUUCCUUCUGCAUUUAUUAUGUCUUAUGGUAUAAAAUUUCAAUUUCUAGAAAUCACUUGCACUGAUUCCUUGGCUGGUGGCCACUUCAUCCUUAAAGUCAGCAGUGUGGCAUCUUUAAAUAACUCAUCAGAAUAUAUUCCACAACAUAUGUAACUUUCUCGGCAUUUUUGGUCCACUUCCUUCUCAAAGAUUCACCCCUCUUUUACUGACAUAUUAGUGUAGAAUAAUUGGAUUUUUAGUCUAAGAGAACCUAAUUUUGAAUUUUGCCUUUGCCAUUGCCUUGCUGACUGAUCCAGUUUCUUUGUACUUAAAAUGAGACUAGUAGACUAUAUUACAAAAGAUGUUUGAGUUUCAGGUAACAGAAAACUCAAAACUACUCAAACAAGAAAGACAGUUUAGGGUUUCCCUGGUGAUUCAGUGGUUUAAAAAAAAAAAAAAAUCUGCUCCUCAGUGCAGGAGAAACGAGUUCGAUCCCUGCAUGCCACAGAGCAGCUAAGUCCACGUGCAGCAACUAUUGAGCCUGUGCUCUGGGGCCUGGGAGUUGCAACCGCUGAAGCCCGUGUGCCCCAUAUCCUGUGCUCUGCAACAAGAGAAGCCACUGCAGUAAACCUGCACGCUGCAAACAGAGAGUAGUUCGUGCAACAACCAAAAAUAAAGUUGUGGGAAAAAAGACAGUCUACUACCUCAAGUAGCCUAAAGGACCCAAACAAGGCAUUCAUCUUGUUUACCCUAAUAUUUUGAGAUGCCUUCUGUGGUAAGUCAAGAAAACCUUAGCUCAAAUUGUGACAAACACUAGGAAGAAGAAAUCUACAGGUAAAGCUGCUAUACAUUAAUAUUUCUCUACAAUGCAUUUGAGAUUUACAUAGUUUUUGUUUCACCAUUACCCUCAAAUAAUUAUAUUUCCUGAUCACCCUUUCAUUCCUCUUUCACUCCUUUGCCUGUUUACUUUGUGACAUUGUACGGAAGGAGUGAUCAAGACCAUCCCCAAGAAAAAGAAAUGCAAAAAAAGAAAAUGGUUGUCUGAGGAGGCCUUACAAAUAGCUGAGAAAAGAAGAGAAGUGAAAGGCAAAGGAGAAAAGAAAAGAUAUACCCAUCUGAAUGCAGAGUUCCAAAGAAAGCAAGGAGAAAUAAGAAAGCCUUCCUCAGUGAUCAAUGCAAAGAAAUAGAGGAAAAUAAUGCAAUGGGAAAGACUAUAGAUCUCUUCAAGAAAACUAGAGAUACCAAGGAAACAUUUCAUGAACACAAGAUGGGCACAAUAAAGGACAGAAAUGGUAUGGACCUAACAGAAGCAGAAGAUAUUAAGAAGAGGUGGCAAGAAUACAAAGAACUAUACAAAAAAGAUCUUCAUGACCCAGAUAAUCAUGAUGGUGUGAUCACUCACCUAGAGCCAGACAUCCUGGAAUGCGAAGUCAAGUGGGCCUUAGGAAGCAUCACUAUGAACAGAGCUAGUGGAGGUGAUGGAAUUCCAGUUGAGCUAUUUCAAAUCCUGAAAGAUGAUGCUGUGAAAGUGCUGCACUCAAUAUGCCAGCAAAUUUGGAAAACUGAGCAGUGGCCACAGGACUGGAAAAGGUCAGUUUUCAUUCCAAUCCCAAAGAAAGACAGUGCCAAAGAAUGUUCACACUACUGCACAAUUGCACUCAUCUCACAUGCUAGCAAAGUAAUGCUCAAAAUUCUCCAAGCCAGGCUUCAACAAUAUGUGAACCAUGAACUUCCAGAUGUUCAAGCUGGAUUUAGGAAAGGCAAAGGAACCAGAGAUCAAAUUGCCAACAUCCGUUGGAUCAUCUAGCAAGAGUUCCAGAAAAACAUCUACAUCUUUAUUGACUACACCAAAGUCUUUGACUGUGUGGAUCACAACAAACUGGAAAAUUCUUCAAGAGAUGGGACCACCUGACCUGCCUCCUGAGAAAUCUGUAUACAGGUCAAGAAGCAACAGUUAGAAAAGACAAAGAACAACAGACUGGUUCCAAAUCAGGAAAUGAGUACCUCAAGGCAGUAUAUUGUCACCCUGCUUAUUUAACUUAUAUGCAGAGUACAUCAUGAGAAACUCAGCUGGAUGAAGCACAAGCUGGAAUCAAGAUUGCCAGGAGAAAUAUCAAUAACCUCAGAUAUGCAGAUGACACCACCCUUAUGGCAGAAAGCGAAGAACUAAGGAGUCUCUUGAUGAAAGUGAAAGAGGAUAGUGAAAAAGUUGGUUUAAAACUCAACAUUCAGAAAACUAAGAUCAUGGCAUCUGGUCUCAUCACUUCAUGGAAAAUAGACCGGGGGAAACAAUGAAAACAGUGACAGACUUUAUUUUGGGGGGGGCUCCAAAAUCACUGCAGAUGAUGACUUCAGCCAUGAAAUUAAAAGAUGCUUACUCCUUAGAAGAAAAGUUAUGACCAACCUAGACAGCAUAUUAAAAAGCAGAGACAUUACUGUGCCAGCAAAGGUCCGUCUAGUCAAAGGUAUGUUUUUUCCAGUAGUCAUGUAUGGAUGUGAGAGUUGGACUAUAAAGAAAGCUGAGUGCUGAAGAAUUGAUGCUUCUGUUGGAGAAGCCUCUUGAGAGUCUCUUGGACUGCAAGGAGAUCCAAUCAGUCCAUCUUAACAGAAAUCAGUCCUGAAUAUUCAUUAGAGGGACUGAUGCUGAAGCUGAAGCUUCAAUACUUUGGCCACCUGAUGCAAAGAACUGACUCAUUGGAAAAGACCCUGAUGCUGGGAAGGAUUGAAGGCGGGAGGAGAAGGGGACGACAGAGGAUGAGAUGGUUGGAUGGCAUCACCAACUCAAUGGACAUGUGUUGGAGUAAGCACUGGGAGUUGGUGAUGAGCAGGGAAGCCUGGCAUGCUGCAGUCCAUGGGGUCACAAAGCGUCAAACACGGCUGAGCCACUGAACUGAACUGAACUUAUAAUUUCCUAUUACGAGUUUCCUCUUUAUUGCCUUUUGUGUCUUUAAUCACUGUCUCCAGAGUCUAAAGUACUGCCUAAAACGUGGUAGGUUCUCAGAAAAUAGUCACCGAUUAAUGGACUGAUUUACUUCAAGGCUGAAGUAAAUUACCAUCCCCACUUGUAUGGUAAGAGUGGUAGUUUCCUCACACCCUCAAAACUGUCAUACAACUUUAAAUUUUGGCCAGGUAUGUAAGUAAAGAUAGCAUUUUUCCUUCUCUUCCUGGUGAUCUCCCACUGGACCCUUAAAGCCUUUUUCAAGAUCCUUCCCCUGAGAAACAUCCCUCACAGCAACUCUUUCAUUCAAACUGGAUUUAGAAAAGGCAGAGGAACCAGAGAUCAAAUUGCCAACAUCCACUGGAUCAUCAAAAAAGCAAGAGAGUUCCAGAAAAACAUCUACUUCUGCUUUAUUGACUAUGCCAAAGCCUUUGACUGUGUGCAUCACAAAACUGUGGAAAAUUCUGAAAAAGAUGGGAAUACCAGACCACCUGACCUGCCUCCUGAGAAAUCUGUAUGCAGGUCAGGAAGCAACAGUUAGAACUGGACAUGGAACAACAGACUGGUUCCAAAAGGGAAAGGAGUACAUCAAGGCUGUAUAUUGUCACACUGCUUAUUUAACUUAAAUGCACAGUACAUCAUGAGAAACGCUGGGCUGGAUGAAGCACAAGCUGGAAUCAAGAUUGCCAGGAGAAAUAUCGAUAACCUCAAAUAUGCUGAUGAACCUCAAAUAUGCUGAUGACACCACUCUUAUGGCAGAAAGUGAAGAGGAACUAAAGAGCCUCUUGAUGAAAGAGGAGAGUGAAAA